AUGUUCAUCAAACGAUCAACAAACGGACGCCCAUCAUUACCGCCUCGUCCAAAUGGCUUGCCUCCGGUCGGAAACCUCCUGUCUUUAGACCCCGACCUCCACACCUACUUUGCAACACUGGCCCAAAACUACGGCCCCAUCCUGACCCUUUGGCUCGGAAAGAAGAUUGGUAUUGUGCCAACUGUGACGUUCCGGUGGCCGGCAAGGAGGCGGCUCAGACAUAGUCUGGACACCGUAUGGACCCAAGUGGCGCAUGCGGAGGAAGCAACACCACCUUGGACUCCGUGUAUAGCCUCCGAUGCCGGGAACUACGUCAGACUAUUAAUUACUUGUACAACAGAGCUGGGUCGCCGGCGAGCAGAUGUUUCUGACUGUGGUACGGUGAAGGGGGAGGAGAGAAAGAGUCUUGGGGCGGAGUUCCGGCAAGUGGUGACGGAGAUGACGGAACUUUUGGGGAUUCCCAAUAUGUCGGAUUUUUAUCCGGGUUUGGCGAGGUUUGAAUUGCAAGGAAUCAAGAAGAAGAUGAAGGGUUUAGCAGAGAGGUUUGAUAGGAUCUUCGAGACGAUGAUUGAUUAA